AUGCUAACACAACCUGUACAAGUUCAACCACCAGAAGAUGCCAACUCGUACCUAAAAUUUACUUACGGUGUUAAUGCCUGGAAACAUUGGGUGGUAUUCAAGAACAGUCAACUAGAAAAGGUUUCCAAAGUUGGAUCAGGAAAAUUGAAGUUAUUUAAAACUGAUUUGUUACAAUGUACUGCUGAUGAAUUGAACUAUUCAUUAUGCUUAUUUUGUAAAGAAGUAAGAAAACCCAAUGGUGAAGAGUAUUCUCCUGAUAGUAUCUAUUAUCUUUGUCUUGGUAUACAACAAUAUUUGUAUGAAAAUGGUCGAGUUGAUAAUAUAUUCAGUGAUUUAUAUUAUGAGAAAUUCUCUGAAUGUUUAAGUGAAGUUUUAUCACAUCAUCAACCAAAAUUAAAUGCAGCAGGUCAGAUGCUAUGUCGCAUUGAAGAAGAACAUCUAUGGGAAGCUAAACAACUUGGUGCUCAUUCCCCUUAUGUUUUACUCAACACAUUAAUAUACUUCCAUACUAAAUACUUUAUGAUGAAAACACCUCAAGAACAUAUGAAAAUGUCCUUUACUCAAAUAUUGAAACAUUGGAGAAAAGGUGGUCCUGGAAAACCUACUAGUGGUAAUACUGCUGGUCGUAGUGUCACAUUACGAGCUGCAGGGAAACCUAAAAGUAAAGAAGGUAUACCAGUGUAUGAAACUUCAGAAAAUCUCGAGAACCCAUUACGUUGUCCUGUUAAAUUGUACGAAUUCUAUCUCUCAAAAUGCCCCGAGAGUAUUAAGAAUGUAAAUGAUAUGUUUUAUUUGGUACCAGAAAGAAGCUGUGUGCCUGAUAGUCCUGUAUGGUAUUCUACACAAGCUCUAGCGCUAGAUGUCAUGACCAAAAUGUUAAAUAGAAUCUUAUUGGUGCGUGAAAUACAGGAGGCCCAUCUUCAUGCACAACCUAUUUAUGUUUAACAUAUCUGAACAGAUUGCUUGUAUUUUAAUCAAAAUCAAAACAUAGCUUUGAAAAUGAAUUGGCCAAUGCAGAUUCUACAGGCUCAAAUUUGAAUUUACAACACAUAGUUUCAAGCCUUCAUCUAUUUUCUGGAGAAUAGUUUUGUAAUAAACAGAUGCUUAAUAUAAAAACUUUGAAUCUUACAUAAAAAAAUCUGCACGUUGCCUAGAAACUGGUGACUCUAAUUCAUAUAGAUUUUGUCAUAGAAACUGUUUACACAUGCUUAUCUUAAUCAUGUCUAGUUUUUAAUUUGUUAAAUUUUAAAUGGAUUUUUAUAAACUAGUCAUUUGUUAUGUGUUUUUUAAGCUAUUUUCUGUCAAGUGUAAUUUGAUUAUAUGUAAUGUACUUAAUGGUUAAUGUUAGAUGUAUGCAUUAUAACCUACUCUCUGGCCACAUUGAGUUCAAAAUUGAAUUUUUUCUCUCAUGUCACAAAUAUUUAAAGUAUGAUUUUCAAGUGCAUACCAAUUGUCUUAGAAUGCCUUUGGGUCCAUGAAUAUAUAAGUUUUGAAAAUUUUACACUUGAAAUGAACACACUUCUCUCCAAGAAAUUUAAUGUGAAAAUGACACAUUUUGAACGGAAAAUCAAUUUUUUCAAUUCAUACAAAAAUGAUAGCAAAAAUAUGAUUUAGAACUUGAUGUGGCCAGAGAGUAGUUCAUUUUGUGUCUUUGAAUUAAUAGUUUCAUUGCCUAUAGAUGAUGAAAACAUAGUGCUGAAAACUGCAAAUUUGCCCAUGGUCAUAAAAUUUGAUGUACUUUUUAGCUUUUGGACAUACUAAUGAAUAAUUUUAGAAGAUAAACUUUCUGUGUAUACCAUUUAUGCUCAAAAAAGAGCAUAAAAACAGAAACACAUUUACAAUCUUUUUAGGGCAACAUCUUCAAUUUUAGUGAUAACAACAGGGCACAUUUAUAUAUUUCACAGAGCACUAUCAGGAAAUAGUCUUUAACAGUGUUUACAAGUGUAAUGAAAGCUUUACCUACCUUGCUGUGUAUUUCAUAUAAUAUUAGUUUGUAGUCGUUUGAUAUAUGAUAUUAGUACUUAGUAGUUAUAUAUAUAGUAUCACUCUUGAUCUUAAAUAGAAUAAAAAUAUACCAC